ACUGUAGGCUCUUUUGCAUCUUAAUUCAUGUUUUGUGGCACUAUCAGACUUACUAUUGGGCUUUUGACCUCAAAAUCAAGAAGUAAAAACAGUUGAAGCCUGAGACGGACCUCAGUCGAGUAUUGGAAAACGGCCUUCGUGACGACCCCGCCUGCGUCCAAAGUAUUGGCAACGGCUGACGGAAACGCGUGUUUCGACGGAAGCCAGUGAAAAGCGACUGCGCCUACAUGUACGUGUAGACGCGUGUUACCACCAGUCGUAGCCAUACAUGUGCAGCUAGCCGCAACUCCAGCCGCUGUUUUUAGCACGCACAUGAGUCGGGCGCAUUGCAGGCUGGCGGCGCGGUCAGUAUACACACGGAAACAGAGGAGAUAUACUUGUGAAUUGUCCAUUUUAGUAACGAUGUCAACCCAAUCUCUUCUGUCGUCAUUAAUUCGUGCCACUAUUCUGUUGCCAUUGUUUUAUGUCAUAAAUGGACAACCUGGCUAUGGAGAGCAGCUGUUUGGUACGUUCCGUUUGAAGGCGUACGGGUCGUUUGGCGAUGUGACUCUGUUUCAUGUUGUCAUGCCUCCACACUGUACUACAGCCAAUUGGGACAUCAGUGUGCUGAAGGACACAUUAGAAUGUCCCAAGACUUCUGUUCACCUAGCAUUGCAGCCAGGGAGCCUACCUGUAACCAACCCCUACAACACUAGUUUUCCUCCCCACAUCAACACCCAGAGCCAGCGUAAUCUCAACUUGUUCACCAUGUCGUCUGCCCAACCUGUCCGCAUCACCUUUUGGACUCCGACGGCUGGUGAUUGGUACCUUGUGGCGUUUUUACCCAGGGGUGAUAACAACAAAAUAGAACAGCAGGGCCUAGGGGGUCACACCUGUCGGUACUUCAUCCAGAUGGGCGUGGCUUACUGGCAGGCGGAGGAUAUUAAAUCUCUUAGCACGCAAACCAGAACAACUGUAGAACUGGCGACAGAAACAAAUUAUACAACAGCUAUGUACAGGUUCUACGUUUCACCCUUGACCAAAUACCUGACUUUCUCCUACCAAAACUGUCAAGUCGGGUCAGAGUUCAAUCAAACUGAGGUCAGCGACCCCUGCCCUGUGGCCUUAAGAGUUGGGCCCGGUGCUCUGCCCAGUGUGAGGACCCCGCCGGUCCUCUGCAAAUCCAACACGUCGUGUUCAGUGCAGUUUGGGGAACCGUUGGCAGACACUUGGUACUACGUCCGUCUUGAUUUGUCAUCGCUGGAUGAACCGACUUCAGCCAAUUUGAGUUUAGGGGUGGAAACACAAAAAUGCAUGGAAGAAAACAUCCAGGUUUUUCCUGUUUCCUCCGAGGACAUGGAAUUGCGGACUUUGGUGUUGAACUCAAAUGCCAGUCUCAUUUAUUCGCCGGUGAAUCCUUCUGAUAACGGCUCUGCCUUCCUGCACCCUGCCUUAGAAGAGAAAGAAUCGGAACCCGAAUCCUACCCUCCGGCGUCGUUCACGAGGGGACUCUACCUCUCCCCUCUGUCCCCCCACCCUCCUCCCGUCUUGUCCAACUGGUGUCCCCCCGUGCUGCCCCUGUCCUCGGCGCAGCUCGGGGGCGCCAGUCCCUUCAAGAAGUUCAUCUGGAACACCCCCAACGCCACUGACGGGUUGCCGGUGUCCCCAGACACACCGGUGGUCGUGAAGUUUGAGCUGGACCUCCCCCAGGACAUCGGAGGCAACUUAGUGAUCAAGGCUGACGUCGCCAACAAGAAGGACCUCCCGGGGCAGGCUUUUGUCACCCUGUGUCUGAGACAAGGUGGCAUACCACCCCUCAAUGGGACAAAUAUAUCCUGUGAUCCAGAGGAUAGCUUGACAUUCAACAGUCAUUCUGCCGAUGCUGCGUUUCCCUGGAUCGUACCAUUUCCUGCACCAGGGGUGUGGUAUCUGUCGUUGGAGUCUUGGUGUAAAUCUGGGGCGGGUGUUGUGCCUUGCAAUGACACCGCUUACGUCCUUCUGGACAUUGGUCUGUACGGAUGCAUCGAUAAUUGUGGGGAAUAUGGUUCCUGCCACAGUGCCAUUGACAUGGGAAUUCUGUACUACUACUGCAAAUGCUCAAGAGGCUACCAAGGCUGGGGAUGCACGGAUGACUCGGAGGCGUGGUCCCAAGCUUACUUUCUGACCAGAGUCCUACUGCUCACGCUCAGUAACCUCUUCUUCAUCUUCCCGUUCAUCCUGGCUCUGGUGCGCCGCCACUUUGUCCCAGCCAUCUCGUUCUUCUGCACGCUGUUCUUCUCGUCGUUUUACCACAGCUGCGAUGCCGACAGCCUCUGCAUCAUGUCCUACAACACCUUGCAGUUCUGUGACUUCUUCUCAGCGUUCAUGUCCUUCUUUCUGACGCUGAUAGCCAUGGCCCGGCUGCCGGUGCCCCUCCGACAUUCCCUAGAGAUCCUAGGUGCAUUUGGGCUGGCCUUGGGAACCACUUACAACCGUUUUAGCCUGUGGGCGGCUGCCGUGCCAGUGGGAGUAGGCAUGGGCGUCUUGCUUAUAUCCUGGGCAAGGCGCUGGUACAAGCGUCGCCGGUGUUACCCAACCACCAAGUGGCGCUGGCUGCUGUUCAUCCUCCCUGGUACUGCCAUCAUCAUCACCGGUCUCUGCCUCUACGCCUUUCUGGAGACCAGUGACAACUACCAAUACGUGCACAGCGCCUGGCAUGUUGCCAUGGCGAUAGGCGUGCUGUUCCUGCUCCCGCCCAGAGAACGGGUCAAAGAGGAAAGCACUGAGAGCAUCGUGCCCGCUGAGGACAGUGCUGCGUACAUACGCGAGAUAGAUAUGGACUUCCAGUAACAACCAGAGGUCACAUGUUGCCUGACGCACUGUCAGGUCUCACCGGUGCACCUGCUGAUAUGGCACCAAACUUGUAAAAGUACAUGUAUGAAAUACUAAAAGUACUUAUCGUCUUAAAGUGAAAGUUGUGUGAGUGCAUAAAUAUUAAUCCGCCAAGUUCAAUCCUUGAUUGCACUACUCCAGGGGUAAACAACUGUUGUCUCUUAUCCAAAACAGUCCAGAGCUGUGCAUCAAGGCGGUGGAGAUAAACUCCUCAUCCAACUCACGCUUGUGGAACCUGGAAUAAUGCUGUACACUUGUGUUCCACAAGGACCCGUUUGCCAGUCAUACUUAUUAGAUAUAUCACUAUGAAUUAAUACACUUAUAAAUCUACCUACCUAUAUGUAGAUGAAUUAGUAGUGUGCUCAGAAUUGGUGUGUGAUAGUGUUAUUUUCAUGCAUAUAGGUAUUGUUGUAAUGCCUGACAGAGGUUCCGUUUCACUUUGGGUCAACAAUGUAUCAUGUGGAGUUUGCUGGUUUUACUGUUUCUGCCAAUGCACCCUGGUAGCCUCAUUCUGAAAGAUGCAGUGGGCUCAGUAACCAAAGUGCUAUAGAGUUUCUGCAUGGCAGCCAUUUUUCUGGUGAGAGCUUUUGUUCCACAGGGAUACAGACGAAUAGACCUUUUGUACUAUCCCUCCAGGACAGAAGCAGUUACCGGAAAGAUGGCUGCCAUGCGGAACCUCUGUAUCAUCAUUAACAGCCACAUGCAUGUUGUAUUUAUUUAUCAAAUAUCAGAUAUAUCUUAAAGAGUAUAUUUGUAUAAAGUUGCCAUUCUGAAAAUCACAUUUUAAUAAGUGCGUAUUGGGGGAAUGGGAAGAUGUUUGGGAAAGUGUGAUUGGAUUUCAACUGUUUUUUGGGGUUGAAAUGUCACUUGGGUAAAUGUUUUAAUUGAGCUGGGGUUGGGGAUGAGGAAGGAAAAGGGAGUACAGCGACUUCUUGGACCAUCUUGAUUGUGCAAUUCUUAUUGGUCGGUGUCUUUAAAGUAUUUAUAUUUGGCAAAUUUUGUCAUAGUUUUGCUGUAAGAAUGCUUCAAAAUAAAAUUCAACCGAUUGCUAGAUUUCAUUACAGAAAGUGUAAUUUCUGUCAAUUUGAGUGCAUUACAUGCACCUUAUCUGGAUCUUCACAAGUACAUGUAAUUUCUGGUUUGUCUUGAACAAGGGACAGAAACCUAAGAAGUAACUGGACAAGUUUUGUGGUCGGUUUCAUGCAUAAUACAUUUUAUUUAUUGACAAGUGGCACUAUAUGUACAUUCACAAAUAACACUUGAUUUAAAAUAUUCAAUAUAAACUUUCCACAGACAUCUGCAAACAUAAAAUAAUGACACUUUUUUAACAGGACACACUUUUGGAACAACUGUCUGUGCUAUGCUGGUAUUACCCAACAGCAUACUUACUUACUUAAAGAAAAUUUAGGUUUAUGCAAGAAUUUUGAAAUUGUGACUACCCUUAGUUUCACAAUCACUUUGUAACAAAUGUAUGAAUGAGAGAAUUAUCUGUAAGUUCCUUCCAUACCAGGAAUUGACAGAACCUGUAAAUUAGAGAAA